GAUCAAGUGCUUUCCUUUGCUGUAUAUGUCCCCAUCCAAAUUUUUUCGAGUUAAAGACAGAGUCACACAAAACACACAAAUAUAUUCCAUGACUAUAUUUUCCAAGUGUCUUAGCAAAACAGAUGUUGGGAAGAGACUGUCUGUUCCCAGCAAGUCUCUCAAGUAUUUCCCGUUGUCCGGCGAACGUUAUGCGGUUGACUUCGAGGUCAAAGACGAGAACGGUCGGGUCUGGACAUUCCGGUGUUAUACCCGCCAGAAAAAGCACCUGAAGCCGGCUCUUACCAAGGGAUGGCGUGAGUUUGUUUGGACCAAAAAGCUUGAAAUCGGGGAUAAAGUGGAGUUUUGCAAGGAGGAUGAAGAGCGCACCGGCGCCAGGUACCGUGUUAAAGUGAAGAAAUUGGUUAGAGUAUUUGGCGCUGCUUUUGGGCACGUGCCAAUUGGUCUCCCUGAUUAGGCCAACUAAAGUGGACUCCAAAGUAUUAGGUAGCUGUGCAUGUUUUUGUACGUAUCCUGUAUCAUUGUCCGCCAUUUGCUUUGAUAAAAUCAAUGAGGGUUGGAUUU